CCAACCUGAAGGGAGAAGAAACCUCAAGGAGCGCACACUUGUCCUGCUCCUCCCGCGCCCUUAAACUGUAAAGAGACGAAAGAAGCAAAAGAAAAGAAGAAAGAUGAAGAAGUUUAGGAAGGUUUUGGACGGUUUGACCACGUCCUCGCCGGGAGGGACGAUCGGAUCGCCUUCGUGCGGCAGCGCGGCCGGAACACCCACCGCGGCGCCCACUCCCAGAGACAUCGACGUCCAGGAGACUCUCGUGUCGGAAAACUUUCAGCUGUGUAAGACAGUGCGACAUGGUUUCCCUUACCAGCCAACAGCUUUGGCUUUUGAUCCUGUGCAGAAGAUCCUCGCUAUUGGGUCCAGAUCAGGUGGUGUACGAAUACUGGGACGACCUGGAGUGGACUGCUUCUGCCAGCACGAGAGUGGAGCAGCUGUUCUUCAACUGCAGUUCCUCAUCAAUGAGGGGGCGCUGGUCACAGCCUGUGCAGACGAUACGCUACACUUGUGGAAUCUCCGACAGAGGCGACCAGCUGUUCUGCAUUCGCUCAAGUUCAACAGGGAGAGGAUCACAUUUUGCCACCUUCCCUUUCAAAGCAAAUGGCUGUAUGUGGGGACAGAGCGCGGAAACACACACAUCGUCAACAUCGAGUCCUUCAUUUUGUCUGGAUAUGUCAUCAUGUGGAACAAGGCAAUAGAACUAUCGACUAAAACGCAUCCAGGACCUGUGGUUCAUUUGAGUGACAGUCCAAAGGAUGAGGGCAAGUUGCUUAUUGGUUUUGAGAGUGGAACGAUUGUACAGUGGGACCUCCGGGCCAAGAAGGCUGACUUUAGAAUCUACUAUGAUGAGGCUAUUCAUUCAGUCAGCUGGCAUCAUGAAGGGAAGCAGUUCAUGUGUAGUCACUCAGAUGGCAGCCUUACCCUGUGGAACCUCAGAAACACCACCAAGCCUUUCCAGGUCACCUUCCCUCACGGUAAGAUACAGAAGGAUGCGAGAAAAGAAUCAUGUAAACCAAUACUCAAAGUGGAGUACAAGACCUCACGGAACAGCGAGCCUUUUGUCAUUUUCUCUGGGGGGCUUUCAUACGACAAGGCAGGACGGCGGCCGACAUUAACCAUCAUGCACGGCAAAGCUAUCACUGUGCUGGAAAUGGACUAUCCCAUUGUGGAGUUCAUGGUUUUGUGCGAGACUCCAUACAUCAAUGAGAUCCAGGACCCUUAUGCUGUGGUGGUGCUUUUGGAGAAGGACUUAAUCGUAGUGGAUCUGACACAGAGCAACUUCCCUGUCUUUGAGAACCCUUACCCAAUGGAUGUCCAUGAGUCCCCAGUUACCUGCACAGCCUAUUUUGCAGACUGUCCUCCUGACAUUAUCCCCGUCCUGUAUUCUAUAGGAGCUAAACACAAGAAGACUGGGUAUAGCCAAAAGGAGUGGCCCAUCAGUGGAGGGACGUGGACGUUAGGCUCCCACACAUAUCCAGAGAUCAUCAUCACAGGACAUGCUGAUGGAUCAAUUAAGUUCUGGGACGCAUCUGCAAUCACACUGCAGAUGUUGUACAAGUUGAAGACUUCCAAAGUGUUUGAGAAGCCCAAGCCAGGUGAUGGUCGGUCGGCUGAGUUGGUGGAAGAAGAUCCCUUCGCUAUUCAGAUGGUCAGCUGGUGCCCUAAGAGUCGCAUGUUUUGUGUGGUUGGGAUCUCAGCCCAUAUCAUCCUCUACCGCUUUAGCAAAUAUGACGCCAACAUGGAGUUAGUGUCACUAGAGGUGCGUCUGCAGUGUGACUCAGAGGAAGUCAUCUCACCUUCUGAAACAGAAAACAAUCCAUGCAUCUCAGAGCUGAGGUCACACUCACCACAGCCUCAGUAUCAACACCCGGCGAGUCCUGGCAGCGGGAUUUCUGACAGUGUCAAAGACAGUAUCCCCUGCCUGAAAGUGAAGGACCGGGUGGUACGGGUCCCUCCUGGCUACCAGGCAGAGCUGGUAAUUCAGCUGCUGUGGGUGGAUGGAGAACCUCCUCAACAAAUCACCGGCUUGGACAUGAACUCUGCCUAUGGCCUGUUAGCGUUUGGAAACUGUAACGGCCUGGCAGUGGUGGACUACAUACAGAAAACCAUCCUGUUGUGCGUGGCAACUCUGGAUCUGUACGGAGCCGCCGACCCCUAUCAGCGCCUUACCCGAUCCCCCCGCAGGAAUAGACAGUCCACCUCAGAGUUUUGCAUGCGUGGCCUGUCUAACUUUUAUUCAGAUUCAAAGAAAAGGAUCCGUACAUCCUAUCAGAGCCUUACUGAACUCUCUGACAACCAACAAUCUGUUGACAUGGAGAGAAGCAAGUCACCUACCUCAGAAAAAAGAGGUACAUCUUAUGAUGCAUCAACAUCAACUGGUCUCAGUUCACUGACAAGGGACCAUGAGGUUUCCAUAAGUGCACGUUAUCACAACGAUACCUGGCUACGGAAAAAUGAUGCCCUGCCCACCCCAUGUCUGUGGGUGGGCACAAGCCUUGGCAUGGUCUUGCUCAUCCCAAUGUCCAUCCCCACUGAGGAGGAAGAGAGGUUGGAAGACCCUGUUACCAUUGGUCCCAGUGGAGUCAUCCAAAUGUUGAAGGGCUCUGUCUUGCACUUUGGCUUUUUGGACUGCAUGGGCACUCUCAUUCUGAGCCCUUACGAAGUCUGGCGAGAUUUCAACGCCCCAGAGGAUCCCGAUCGACCACGGAGGCGCAAAUUGGUCAACUUUUCACCGUCAUCUUCCCAGGACAGCUGUGGAGAGGGACAUCUAACCGUGGUGUGCUCUGAAAGACAAGCCAAACUAUUCUUGAUGCCCUCUAUGUCUUGCCUCUUUGUCCACAACAUCACAGAGUCAUCAUUUGUGCUGCGAGCCGACAUGGUCUCUGUGUGCAACAGCGUGUGCCUCGCCUGCUUCUGUGCUAACGGACACAUCAUGACACUCAGCUUGCCCAGUCUCAGACUGCUGAUGGACACCAGUUUCCUCCCGCUGACAGAUAUGCGCAUUGCCAGAACCUUUUGUUUCACCAAUGGAGGACAGGCACUAUAUCUCAGUUCACCGACAGAGAUCCAGAGAAUCACAUACAGCCAGGAGAUGUGUGACAACCUGCAGGAGAUGCUUGGAGAACUGUUUACCCCAAUAGAAACACCAGAAGCCCAGAACAGAGGCUUCCUAAAGGGCUUCUUUGGAGGAAAUGCUCAAACAUUCGACAGAGAAGAGCUUUUUGGUGAGGCAGCAGCUGGGAAGGCUUCUCGGAGUCUCGCCCAGCACAUCCCUGGCCAGGCAGGAGUGGAGGGCAUGAAGGUGGCAGCUAGUGGAGCAGUGGGUGAAUUGGCCCGGGCUCGUGUUGCCCUGGAUGAGAGAGGUCAGAGGCUGGGUGAGCUGGAAGAACGAACUGCCCUGAUGAUGACCAGUGCAGAACAAUUUUCCAAACAUGCUCAUGAGCUGAUGCUGAAGUGCAAGGACAAAAAGUGGUACCAGUUCUAACAGACAGACAUGAAGCUGCCCUUCGACUGCUGAAAACUUUAUGCCAAGACAGCGACCUUCACUCUGCCGAAGGAAAUUACAGGAAAGACUCAAGAGUGACUUUGUCUUUAUGGCUUCUGGGUUAUCUGUGUGUAUGACACUGUCACAUUGUUGAAGGACAUGGACAGCUUAGUUCUCUGUCAAUACACAUUGUGAGAAAGUGAAAGAGAGGAUGGGGCAUCAGAAGGACUGGGAACUGAACUGGAGGUAUCCCACAAGUCUGUGUGUGCGUGCGUGCGUGCCCAUGUGAUGUGGUUGAGUUUUCAGGACCUCACUGUGUAGAUAUUAUAAAGUGACAAAGAAGAUUACAUGAAAUGCAUGAUACAAAAAUGGAUGAUGAAUUAAAAUAUCCAACUGCCAUAUUAAAAAGCAGCAUGCUACUUUAACAGGAGAUAUAGAAACAAAAAGUUUUAUUUAAUAAUGUAAGCCAACAACAGAAGCUAUAAAAACUUUAUAUUUUUUGAAAUAUUGACAAAAAUUAUAUAUAAAAAUAGAAAUGUACACCUGCAUUGCUAUUAAGCCAAAA